UAUCAAUAUGCUCAUAUAUUUUAGAACACUUCUUUAUUUUUGUUAGUGUAAUAGAAAAAAUUUUCAAAAAAAUUGUUUAUGAGGAGAAAGUUCAACUUUUGAAAGACAAAAGUUUACCAUAAUUGAUUGUGUAGUGGAGGAGAAGUGGUGUCAUUGUUGGAAUAUAAUGAUUAAUCAAUCAUUUUGUAUAAUUGAUUAAUCUAUGUUUUUAUUUUGAAUUUUUUUUUUCUUUUUAUUUCGUUUUAAACUACAUAUAUGGGAACAAUUAAUAUUUAAUAUGUUUCAGUUUAUAAGAACUAAAAUUUAUGAAUUUUUAAAUUUAUUAGAUAUGUAUUGAGUAAAACUAUGGUUUAAAAGGAUCUUAUGAACAUUUGUCAUUUUUGGUAGCUAAUUAGUUAAUUAAGAGGAGAAAAAAAAAAUUGUUGUUGAUAAUCUUUUAAAGACUUUUUGAGUAAAUUACAAAAUUAAAAAAAAAAACCCGGCGCGUAGCGCGGGCUCUAAGCUAGUUUAUAUAAUUUGGUAGUUUUGGGGCUACUUUAGUGCAUUUUGAACAUUGGAGGGCUAUAUUGCAAAUGGCCGGUAGUUUGGGGGGCUAUUUUAUAUUUUUUCCCAAUUUUUAAAAACAUAAUUAUUAAAGUCGCACUUAUUAAAACUGCAAUCUCAAACGGUUCAGUAAAACUAGGAUUUUAUAAGUGAUUUUAGGGAAGUUUUAAAUUGAAUAAUCUUUUUAGAGUAAUAACACAGAUGUGGCUAGUGUUUUCUUUAGGUCAUUAGAACCUAAGCCAAAUCCAAAAAUUUAUCUCCCUCGAACUAAUUAGUCUAUUGUUUCCUCAAAUAUUUUAAAUCUUGCAAUGUUUUUACAAUUUUCUAUUGAGGUUCUAUUAAAGGAAUCAAUCAAUUUAUCAUUCAUAUUAUUUGGAAUCCAAUACUUACUUUCUGUCUAAAACUUCCUCAAAGCCUGGAGAUGACUAUUUUUGUCACGGAUAAAAAAGAAAAAAGUAGUGCAACAAAAUACAAUGCAGCCAAAGAGAAAUAUUUUCUGCAGCUUGUAUCCGUUGAAGUCUAUCUUAUCUCUCCUAUUUUCUGCACAGGAGUCUGUCUACUCAGAUCAAUACAGCUAUAAAGUGUGGUUUGCAAAAGAAAAACUGUUGACAAAGCGUUGGCAGAUCCCACCUGAAUGUUUAAGUCCAUGAAAUAUUUCAUUAUAUAAGCAUAAGUAUAUAUAUGUUUCCUGUUUUGAAGAGAAAUCUCGAUGAUUUUAUAUAUGCAUAUGUUUCCUACUUGCUAGCCAAAAUGGCCAUGAAACUUUAGGAAAGACAGUAAACAACUUAUCAACCGUACCUCUCUAUAUUCAUAAAUAUCAAUUGCAUGAGUACUAAGCCGUACCUCUUUAUAUUCAUAAUUUCCACCGCCAGUUUGUUAUUGGAGAUAAUUGACAGAUGCUAGGGAUGGACUGGAUAGUCCUUUUUCUUCUCCUUACCAUGAAUAAAUCAAAAGUUAAUUAUAAAAGAAUGUUAUAAGCACCAAGAAUUUCCUUGAAUUAAUUCUUGAAUGCAUAGCGUUUUCUUAACAAAUGACAUCAAAUAAUCUAAAAAAAAUCUUAAAUGCAAUUUCAUUAAAAGUGCAACGAGGCCCAACCUCAAUACACAGAAAGUAUACAAAAUAAACCACUUAAUUAGGAGAAAAGAAAUCUUGAUAUAUAAUACCAUAAAUAUUUAGGAGAACAGAUUUUUUUUUUAAUCUUUUCUUAGCUACUUGUUAAAACUUUUUAAAAACUUACAUCUAAGAGCCAAUUGGCCAAGUGUUUCUUCCAUGGAAGUACUCUAUUAAUCUACACACAACACUUUCUGGGGAUUUCUACCUAACCCCAUAAGAUCUACACUAGCAAAAUUAUUUCCAUGGGCUGCAACAUUUCCUCUGCCUUCCAGUAUGAGAAAGCUCACAGAAUUCAUGUAAGUUUUAAGUCUUCAUCCAACAUUGAAUUGGAAGGGACUUGGAAUUUGUGAGAGAUGGAUCUAGCAAAUCAAUGAGGGUGCGCUUUUUCGGAUCCAUCUUCUCACUUUGGAAGAUGAUAACAUCUUUAAUCAAAUCUAACUUUGAUAAUUCAUAUUUCAAAUCUUGAUAUGAGUAUACAUACCAAUGCUGCCUUUGUCCAAAGCAUAGUAAUUCUGAAAAAAUGUACCAUAUUUUUCAUUUAUUGUUUUAUGAAAGGAAUCAAUCAUUUUAUCAUUCAUAUUAUUAGGAACCUAAUACUUACUUUCUAUCCAAAACUUCCUUCCUCAAAGUCUGGAGAUGGCUAUUUUUGUAACUAAAUACAAUGUAGCCUUGCAGCAGUUGACGACAUAUAUCUGUAGCUGUCAGCUUGUAUCCGGUUGAAGUCUAUAUCUCUCUCCUAUUUUGUAUCAGAUCAAUACAGCUAUAAAGUGUGGUUUGUAGAGGACCUCAAUCCGGGUUGUCAUGGUCCAACCCCAUGAGGUUUGGAUUUCCAUGUAACGUGAAGUCAUGUACAUUCGAGUUAGACAGUUAGGAUUGGUCCAUUCUAAUCUGUUCUAUGAACUCAACAGGCAGGGUGCCUUAAAAAUAAAGUUUAUAUGGUAAAUUUCUGGUGAUUGGAGUGGGGAAUUCUACAUGUAAGCCCAUUGUUUAUUUGAUUAUAUACUACAUGGUAUACUUAUGCAGAGAAACAUUGCAAACCCACUAACAAAAAAUAAUUCACCAGUAAAUUGUAAAGCAUUUUUGUGUUCAUAAGUGCAUCCUUUGGUUGCAAGGAAAAAAUUUAAAGAUCAAAAGAACCAUAAAGGAGCAAAGAAAAAACAAAAGGAACCGAAACUGCAAAGCAGAGUUGCACACCUCUAAAUAUUGAAAAAUAGAUUGUCCAUUUCAAUAUCAUAGCAUUUUCUUUACAAAUGAGAAUAAACAUAUAAUGGAAAGAUUAGAGGAAAACUGUUUUGGUUACAUAACCAAUAACAUGUAUGCUCGUGUGUUUUUACAAGAGAAGAGAGGACUGAAAUAUAUAACAGAAAACAAUGAGCAUAUUUAAUUACAUAACAGCCACCAGGGUAGGUAAAGAAAACAAUGAAAACAAUUUAGAUCAGUCUAUAAUAAAGAAACCCAGCCACCAGGGCAGGUUAAGAUCAUUAAAUAUCCUUAAAGGCUUCAAAAAUGUUGAUUCCAAGAUCUUGAGUGGAGGCUAGAAUGGUUAUGUGAUUGGUGGGGAAGGGGAUGCAAGUGAUAUAUCAGAAAGGGGGGAGUCAGCAACUAAGGUUGUAAUUCCUGAACUGCCAGAUGAAUCAAAUGGUGAAGUUGGUGCCCCAGUUAGUAGCUGUUUUUGGGAAUGGAAGCCCAAAUUCAAUGUACAUUAUGAGAAAGCAGGGUGUGAAAAUGUGAAUUCCGCGCCAGUGCUCUUUCUUCCUGGAUUUGGUGUUGGUUCGUUUCAUUAUUGGAAACAACUGAAGGAUUUAGGACGUGAUUUUAGGGUUUGGGCAAUUGAUUUUCUUGGGCAAGGCAUGUCAUUGCCAUUAGAAGAUCCUACUCCCCGUUUGAGUGAAGGAGAUACAUCAGUGAGGAAGGAUUAUGCCUGGGGCUUUGGAGAUGAAACUGAACCAUGGGCAAGUGAUCUUGUUUACUCUAUUGAUUUAUGGCGACAAGUUCAAUAUUUCAUAGAGCAGGUCAUUGGCAAACCAGUGUAUAUUGUUGGGAACUCAAUAGGGGGAUUCGUGGCUCUAUAUUUUGCAGCACGCAACCCUCAUUUGGUGAAAGGUGUUACAUUGCUUAAUGCAACCCCUUUCUGGGGAUUUCUACCUAACCCCAUAAGAUCUCCUAGACUAGCAAAAGUAUUUCCAUAGGCUGGAACAUUUCCUCUGCCUUCUAGUGUGAGAAAGCUCACAGAAUUGAUGUAAUGGGAGAAAAUAAGUGAUCCUACAAGUAUCGCAGAGGUACUGAAGCAAGCUUACGCAGAUCAUUCAACGAAUGUUGACAAAGUGUUUUCUUGUAUACUUGAGACAACACGGCAUCCAGCUGCCACUGCAUCAUUUGCCUCGAUUAUGUUUGCUCCUCAGGGACAAUUAUCUUUUAGGGAUGCUUUAUCUAGAUGUCAAAUGAACAAUGUACCAAUCUGCCUCAUGUAUGGAAAAGAAGACCCCUGGGUCAAACCCGUUUGGGGCGUUCAGGUGAAACUCCAGGUACCGGAAGCUCCGUAUUAUGAGAUCAGCCCGGCAGGUCACUGCCCUCAUGAUGAAGUUCCUGAGGUUGUGAAUUAUUUAUUACGCGGGUGGAUCAAAAACCGAGAGACGUAGGGCUCGGUUGCAUUACCUCUACUUGAUGAUGAAGAAAGUAUCGAGUACAAUUUUGCCAAGGACUUGGAAUUUGUGAGAGAUGGAUCAAGCAAAUCAGUGAGGGUGCAUUUCUUUGGAUCCAGCUUCUCACUUUGGAACAUGAUAAGAUCUUUAAUCAAAUCUCACUUUGGUAAUUCAUAUUUCAAAUCUUGAUAUGGGUCCACCAAUGUUGCCUUUGUCCAAAGCAUAGUAAUUCUGAAAAAUGUACCAUAUUUUUCAUAUAUUGUUGUAUUAAAGGAAUCAAUCAAUUUAUCAUUCAUAUUAUUUGAAUCCAA